AUGAGUAGAAACUAUUACGAGAUCCUCCAAGUUAAGCAAUCCGCAUCGGAAGCUGAAAUUAGGGCAGCUUUCAAACGACUCGCCAAAUUGCACCAUCCAGACAGGAAUCUCAAUAGCGCAGAUGCAACUGUGCGUUUCCAAACGCUCAACAAUGCUCAUGAGACUCUUGUUGACCCGCUGAAGCGACGUCAGUAUGACAGAACCCUCCGACCGCUAGGGUCGAGCACUUAUGCGCGUCCACCAUCAAAGCCAAAGCCCUCAUUCCAUCAGGACAGCGAAAGUGACAGGAGACGGGAGAAGAGAAUUGCCGAACUAGGAGUGAGUCUUGGUCAAUUACAGGCGCAGCAAUCUGCGAUGAAUCAUGAAAUAUGGACAGAGGAACAGCGUUUGGCCAAGAUCAGGGCUGAGCUGGACAGCUUCCACGACAAAGGGGAUGAUGUGGCAGGCAGUGCGUCAAAAGCGAAGCGCGAGUUCAAGUUGACGGCUUGGUUCACGUCGGGGGAGUCGGCCGAAGCCAGAGACGCGAGGGAACGGCGGGUAGCAGAGAGAAGCGCGGCCCGCGCGGUCUUGCAAAAGCAAAACGACCAAAUCACGGCCGCGAUAGCUGCCCUUCGGUCGCGGGAUGAAAUCUUCAUGGCGCAGAUUAUGAAGGAAAUGAGAGAAUUGGCGAGGCUGAAUGUUGAACAGGAGAGUCUCGCGCAGAACAAGCCCGAAUAA